GCUGUGUGAGGUGUGUGCGUGUGCUGUCUGUGGCCUAGAUAGGAAUGUUAAUGUGUAUAAAUUAUUUUACAUAUUUGUUGUGAUUACCAUUUUUAUACGCAUUUUAUGCGAUAUGCUAACAUAACUUAUGAAGCAAGUAUUUGAACUUUUUAAUUAACGUGACGUAUGCUCUGCAUUUUGUUGUGUACUUGUUUAAAGGGUCCGAAGUCUGGCCCAGUUUUCGUAUGGUAACAAUUCACUAAACACUGUCCAGUCUUUGUUCGCAUUUUAAAUUAUUAAGAAUGCCAAGAGGAACAAGUGAGCAUUUAAAAUUCUACGAGCUGUGUUGCCUGUUUUGUUGUCCUCCAUGUCCAACACAUAUUGCUGCAAAAUUAGCUUUCGUACCUCCGGAACCUACAUAUUCAUUAAGACCGGAUGAAUCUGGAUCUAAUUAUUCUCUUUAUCUAAACAGUCGUGCCGAGUGGCAGUUUAGUGAUGACGAGCUCAAGCUUAUGGAAGUGUUUUACACUAGGACUUCUAAAGGCAACCAGAUUGCAUGUAUGUUUGCAAAAUGUUCACCAAUCGCAAAACAUACUAUACUCUUUAGCCACGGGAAUGCCGUCGAUUUAGGCCACAUGAGCAGCUUCUAUGUUGGCCUAGGAUCCCGUAUUAACUGCAAUAUUUUCAGUUACGAUUAUUCUGGAUAUGGACAGAGUGAGGGUAAGCCAUCGGAAAAAAAUUUGUAUGCUGAUGUGGAUGCAGCCUGGCAUGCAUUACAAACACGUUACGGUAUAAGACCAGAAAAUAUAGUUUUGUAUGGGCAAAGUAUCGGUACUGUACCAACGAUUGACCUGGCAUCUAAGUACGAAGUUGGGGGUGUUAUUCUUCAUUCUCCUUUAACAUCAGGAAUGAGGGUUGCCUUUCCAAAUACUAAACGUACCUGGUUUUUUGAUUCCUUUCCUAGCAUAGAAAAAGUACCGAAAGUGACUUCUCCAGUUUUAGUCAUUCAUGGUACCAAUGAUGAAAUCAUCGAUUUCUCACAUGGUCAGGCUAUUUAUGAGCGCUGUCCUAGAGCUGUCGAACCAUUGUGGGUGGAGGGUGCUGGCCACAAUGACAUUGAACUGUAUGGACAAUAUGUCGAGAGACUUCGUAAAUUCAUCAAUGAGGAACUUUCCAACUAGGACUGCAUUAAAUACUGUUAUCUCCCAGCUGUCAUCAGUAUCACGAACAGCAUAUCAGGUUAUCAUGACAAAGUAUGUACUGUUAAACGGAGAUAAAAAAAAAGAGAUAUAGUCUUUUUUAAUGUACAUUUAUUUUUCAUUUUCUCUGUAAAACAGUACAAAGUCUGAUGAAAAUUUGAGCUGUGAUUGUUUUAUUCUGGUGUAUUAAACACUUAUAUCAACUGUAAUUAAGUUAUGUGUAGCAAAUGUGUUUUAAACAAGUUGUUGCACAAUGGAGUAAUUCUUGUAUUUAUCAAUAGAAAAUAUAAUAUUGUAAAAUCAAAUAAUUUUUAUAGCUCAUAUUAAUGAGUUAUAAUUUUUUAAGUAGUUUAAUAUUAAUUUUUUUGUCUGUAAUACAUGAUAGACAUUAUGGCAGAAAGAUAUUUUAAGCCUGUGAAGUCAGAAAAGAUGUUAACCUUUAAACAUGUGAACAAAAUAAUAAGCAAUUAAACUGAUUUUCAAAUAUUAAUCACAAUUAGUGGCCAAAAUAACAAAUAAAUAAAAAUGCUCUAGUGUUUAGAAGGCAUAUUUUAAUUUAUACCUUUUUGUAAUUUUAAUUGAUGCAUUUUUUAAUCAUUCGUUCUUAUAACAUUAAUUUAUAUUCAUUUAUUUAAAUGUGCUUGUAGGGGAAGAAAUUGAAUUUAGAUGAAUUAGGUUUUCAAACUUUUUCACGCUGGUUCCAUAAGUUUAUUUUGUACUUCUUGAAUCCCAUUUAAUACAGUGUUACUGGGGGGGGGGGAGAUUUUAAUGUCAUAUUAUUAUUUAACUAUUUUGAUGAUGGUAUUAAAGUUGUUUAACUGAGAAUAUCUAUUUGUACAUCAACAUAACAUAUUGAAAUCAGAAUAUUUACAGCACUUCUUAAAAUCAUGAUGUUUAAAUUUAAAAUUAACAUGUAGUUACCACUAUAGUCUUGUGGAUUACCAUUAUUAUGUUAAUUUAUAAUGCUAAAUAAAUAAAAUUUUCUUUCCUCCUAAAAAAAGUUUAAAAGGUUAAUCUGUUCUGUCUAUUUAAUUUGAUGGACUUAAUGAAGCAGUGACAGUUUGUCAUGGUCUGGGUUGAAGUUACUGAGUAACAGAUUUAAAUGGCCUUAAGAGUAUUAAAAGAAAUUUGAGAAACUCCAGUUGUUUCAACUUACUUGAAGUAAUCAGAUUUAUAAAAAGACACAUUUGGGUAUAAUAAAAUCUGCUAUUAUUUUAGAUUACAGUUUUGUCCAUUGGUAUGAUAAAACAAGCAUAUUUGUUUACAAAUUUGCUGCUUCUGACUUAAUGUUGAUAGUUUUUUUCCUCACUAGGGGUUGCUGCCUGUUGCAGAAGUUUAUUGAUUGUGUUUUAUUUUUCUUAUGAAUAUUUUCACAUAAAAUUUGACUUAAGUUUUGCUAACAUGUAAUUUGUAACAUAGUAUUGCUAUUUUUUCUCCUUCUUCUGUAAGAUAGUCAGUCGUAUGGUGUGUAUAUUCUCUUUUUUUUUUUUUCAUAGUUCACUUAGCCUCUAAAGAUUAGCCCAUCAUUGCAUCAUAGCUUGACUAUACGGAAAGCUUGGGAAAUGUCAAAUUCUGCAUGUGUAAAAAUUCUGGAUACUUAACCAUAUAAAAAAUUUAAUUCACUUUAGAAAAGUCAAAUGAGUAGGAAAAAUUAUAAAAGUCAAUCAUCGUUUUUACAUCAAAUGAUCUACUUGAAUAUGAAAAGUAUAUAAGAUUUAGUUAGGAUGGAAUUUCAGACAUAAAAAGCUGAUGUAUUUUGCAGGUUUUAAACAUAAAAGUGAAACACCUAACCCAUUUAUGAAAUCCUGCCAAACAUGAAAGUUGACAGAGAUUUUCUGGCAGAAGUUUAAAUAAACAGAUUAUUAUUUAGUAAGUUAAUAAAUGUACACAAAUUAUAGACAUAAAACAGAAAAAACUUAAAUCGCGUAUCGUAAUUUUCCACGUUAUGUUGCUACUUUUUAUCCACUUUCAUAGUUUUGCAUCAUGGCCUUCUUUUUUAUGCCUAGAAACUUUGAAAAUGCUCCGCAAUGCUUUUUUUAAAAUGCGAGAAAAAAUUGAGCUUAUAUCCCUCCUUAGAAAAAUGAAACAUGUGUCAUGAUAUUAUAUUUAUCCAUUAUUGGUGCUAAAAUUUGGUGACAAUGUGUUCAUGUUAGUAGUAUUGUAAGCUCUCUAGUGACAUUACAAAUUUCCCAAUUACUAAAUUUUUAGGCUGAAAUUUUUUUUUAAAUUCUAAAAUAUUGUAGUUGCUUGAGCUUUCUGGUUAGUUAAAUGCCAGGUAGUCAUGCUUUUACUUUACUUCAUAUAUUAGAAACCACUUAUUUAAACAGAUUAAAUCUAAUUGCUGUAUAAAUGAAUCGCCAGAUUCAGAAGUGUAUCAAUCCAAAAUAGUCUGAAAGAAGUUCAGGUUCAAUUGCUGAUGCUUAAAAAUCAAACAUGCUGAUUGUUUUUUAAAAGACAAAGUUGAGUUUUAGAAAAAAAUCUUAUAUUCUGUCUAAAUGUAUGAAAACUAAUAACGGCUGGCAGGAAAACAGUGAGAAACCUGUAUAUCAAACUUAAGUGCACAUUAUCUAAUAGUUUAUUUUAGUGCAUAAAUAACUUUCUGCCUAUUAUGAGGGGGAGAACUGAAUCUUUUUUGUUGUAUAAAAAUGAAUGACAUCUCUAAAUCUUUGGCAGUUUUAUUGAUAAUAUUCUUUCAAAUAUUUAAAGCAAUUGCUAAGAUUUAACACAUUUUUUAUACAUUAAAAAAAUAUACUUUUUUAGAUGUUCCUAUAUUUUGAAUUAUUAGUUCCUAUAUUGGUAAUUAUAUAUGCCAUGUAAUAUGAUUUACUUAUUUCUCUAAUUAGGUUGUGAAUGUUUAUUAAAAUAUAUUUAAGUAAUAUUUUAAUGUUUUAUGCUGAAGAAUAAGUGUAAUGGAGAAUUAAAUUACUAUAGAUUAAGUUAUUGUAAUUUUUAUCAAAUUCUAGAUGAUUGCAAAGUACUUAAAUAGGCUGCAGAAUGAAAUUGUAUCUAUCAUUAUUUGCAAUAACAUAAUGAGCUUCAGUAUUGUAUACAUCAUGCCAUUUUUAAUGAAGUAUUCUUUAUAUAUUUAAAAGUUCUUAUGAAGCAUGAGAAUUUAUUUCUCAGCAUAAUAGUAUGAUUUUUUUAAAAAUUUUAGUAUGAAAUAUUUUAUGUUUUAUCACAUACUUUUCAUUUAUAUUACAAAAUCACUGUCAAAUAUAAUAAAUUCAUUUCUUUGAAAUGAGUCAUGAUUGAAAUGAAUUCAUGAUUGGAAUUUAAUAUCAAUGAUUUAAAAAACACAACAAUGGCUAAUUAAUUGUGGUUGAAAAAUCAAAUUAGUUCAAACAAGAUAUAAUUUAUUCCCUAUUUUUUAUUAUGUUUGUAAUUGAUUUUGCCUUUUUCUAAUAAAUAUCGUUGCGAUUUCGGAACCUUAAAUUACAAAACAUUUGCAUACCAAAGUGAUAUUUUGUACUGAUAAGCAGUUGGAAAUGUACUUAUUUUUUAGAGAAUUCUGCUUAUUAAUCAAUGAAAGAUGGAUUUUGUUUCUUAUUGUGCAAGAAUCUGAAAAAAAUAAUUUGAAUGUUAAUGAAUUUUUCUGCAUUAUUUUAUCAGGAGCUAAGAUGAUAUAAACAUUUAAAUAAACGUUUUUACAAACUAUUUAAUUGAGAUAAGCAUUAUCAUUUAUAUGUAUACUGAUGUAGUUAGAAUUGCAUUUCAUGAGUUGUCAUUUUGAACUUGUAGAUGUAACAUCCACUUCUUUAUUUAUAAUUACUUCCCACAGCUUUACAGUAUAAAACUUAGACCUGUGUUGUAAUUGAAUACGUUCUUGUUGAUCAUGUAUUAUCUAUUAAUGAUCUUCAAAUAUUAUUUAACAAGGUGUGAGAAUUCUAUAAAAAUUACUGGUGCUUACUUAUUAUCCUGUCAACCGUGAAAAUUGGCUACCAUCAAACCAUGACAGCUAGCGAAGAUUCCAGGAAAGUUAGACGAGUUACUUUUGAAAAUUCCUCAGCCACACUUCUGUCCUCAACUGUUACAGUUCUACAUUUGUCAGGCUCUGUAUAAUCUGCCACUGAACCACUGCUGCAGAAGUGUUUGAUCAUUUUCAUUUUUGCACUUUGGAAAAAGGCUUUCAUGGGUUUCUACUAUUUUACUGGAAGUGGUGUUAAGAAUGUGAUGAAUACAAAUUUCUGCAGGUGAUUGUUCCAAUAUAUUGCCUUUUUUAUACAGCAGUUAUGUUUCACAUUCAAUAGGUUGUGAAUGUUAAUUAUCUCCAUCUGUAAAUGAACCUAAGUGCAACACAAAUGGGAUUCUACAGCCCUCGAUCUAACUUUUUUGUACUAAAUGAAAAAAAAAAAAAAAAAAAAUUGCUGCAGUGAUAAGUAAUUUAUAUCCUUGCUCAUAAAAAAGAAAGAUGGCUACUUAUCAAGAAUCAACCAACUGAUUCAGUUAAGUUCAGAUGCUGAUGUCACGCUUAUCCAUAAUUGGCACUAAAUCCUACUGCUUGGUGAAAUUUUCUUGAGUGAUGGAUAAUACGUAACUGUCAUGACUUUUUUAUUUGAUAUGUUAUGAAAAUUCCAUAAAAAUUAUUUCUGCCAUUUUUAAAUAUAAAUAGAAAUACUGCUGUUCUGUAUAUGUAUUGGAAUGGGAGAGUACUAUAUUUAUGUAAUUUAUUAUUUGUACAUGUUUGAAUUAUUUGCUGAAGAUUAUUUUUUAGUUUUGAUUUUUAAUUUUAAUUUCAUUCAUAAAUGCAAUUUUUGUAUAUAAAUAUAUGUAUAUGAGUACGUGAGAAAUCCUAAUGAUGCUUUGAAUUCUUUAGUGUAUGUAGUUGUCAAUUAAAUUUUUAUAAUUUUCUGAUGGGGCGAAAUAAGGUAAUUAUGAAUAAGAAUUAUUUUGCCAAACUGAAUAUGCAUGAAAAGGCUAAUUAAUGAAUACAAAUUAUUGCAGAACGUGAAUGUGCAUGAGCAUUUUUUAUUUCAAUUUAUUUUUAGCGUGCUUAAAUAUUCUGUAUCAUUAUUUACCUGCAUUUUCAGUUUCUUAUUUUUGACUUUGUUUUUAAAAGUUAUGCUUUUGAAGAUUUUAAAAUGAAAUGCCCUUGGCUCCAAAAUGUAUACUGAUUACAAAUGCACUUAAUUUUCUUCAAAUAUUAUUAAAGGAGUUAAUACUGUAAUAAUUACAUGGUUACUUCAAGGAGUUAAUACUGUAAUAAUUACAUGGUUACUUCAUGUCAUAAAUAAGGAGAUAUUUUUUGAGAAAAAGUUAUGUAUACAAUUUGUCAUCUUAUGCUAAUUUUAUUCAAAAUUUAAAUUGCUGGAACUUAAUAAACUUUAAUUCUCUUUUUCUUAGUCUAAAGCAUCUUUGAGAAUUAUGAAUUUUUUUUUUCUUCUAAAUUUUCUGUUUUCAGUUUUCAGUUCUAGUAUAAGUAUUUGAUCAAGGAGAUCAGAAAAAUUUUUAUCUUCAUAAAGUUGAAUUAUUAAUUUUUCUAAAAUGGGAGUGGCAUUAGUUAAUUUCUAAUGCAAUGAUUGCAGAAUACGUUACAUUAGAAAUUAAAUUAAUACCACUAUUUAGUUAAUUAGAAAUAUUAGUCAAUUUCUGAUAAUUAACUGCUUGAGUUAUGUGGAAUAAGACCAGUUCCAAUAUUUUAUGUAUUUCAAAUUAUGAGAAAUGUGUAAAGGAAUUAUAUAAAGUGUACGUAAAUGUUAGCUUUACAAACUUCACAUUAAGAAAUAUGUCAUUGAUUUUAUGUAAAUGCUGAAUUGCUUAUGUUAGUUUAUGACCAAUGAAAACACAAAAGGAAUUUUGUAGACAUUUAAAGAGAAAAUUCUGAGAAAAUUUUAUUUUAAAUUGUAAAGUAUUAUGAACAUAAUUGUAGCCUUUUUGUUUUGUUAAUGCCCUUGAAUUUCUAAUUCUAGUAUCAUAUUGAGAUAAGUGCUAUUUACUGGUGAUCUGUAGACCUAGAGAAAUUGCGAUAUGAAUAUAUUGAUAUAUUACAUUUUUUAUUGUAAAUACUAAUUAUUCUAUUUUUAAAUUUCUAACUGCUUCCUAUUUGUCUAUAUUUUAAAAGCAGGAUUGCAGUAGAUUAUCAUAUCUUUUAGAGUAGGUGCCGCUUAAUGUGAUCACGUUUGUCCAUGGCUAUUUUGAUAACAAUAACCAAAUGAUAGCAUUAGAGAAUGAGAAAGAAUAUCCUUAGCAACAAAAGAAUUUCAUUUAAUUCAAGAACAAGAAACACAUAAAUAAGUACUUUCACAGAAUUUUAACUGGUAAUUCUGCAGAAUUUUUUUGUUCCUGAAGAAAAGAGACUUGUGUCUGAUCACCUUUCAAAACUGAUAAGAGUUAUUCAAAAUCUAAGACAAACUAAGGCUGUUUUUUUGCCUAAUUUUCUAAGCCAAACUAAGACUGCUGUUAUGCCUAAUUUUAAAUAAUUUACUAAAAUAAUAAUAAAAAAAAAUGUUGUAUGGCGAUAUAAUCCCAUACUUGGCGAUAUUUUUCUUACAUUUUUUUUUUUUUUAUAUAAUCUUUUUUGACUUUACUUUGUGACUUUACCUCAGUAAACAUACUGUCUCCAAUAGUAUUAACCGAACUGUUGAUCAUAAUAAGCGAUGUAGUAUUUAUUUUUCUUGCUUUUGUAUACAAACAGGCAGAAUUUCGGCCAUUCGAUAACAAUAUCCUAAUAACAUUAACCGCGACUACAUUAAGCAGCGUCUACUGUAUGUUUUUGUAAAACUAAUGAUUGCAGGGGAAAGAAAAAUGCUUUUAUGCAUAAAUGUUUUUGCUUUAAAAAGGGAAGAGUUGUUUAAAAGUACUGUUUUUGUAUUCAAUUUAAGUGAUGUAAUAGCAAAUAUGAAUAGAAGUGAUACUUCCGUAAAUGGCCUUCUUUUUUACGAUGGAAACUAGAGUCAACAGUGUUUAAUAAUGGAGGCUUUGGGUGUAUCUAAAUUUAGAGUUAAUGGUACUUACGUAUUAUUCCAUUGGCUGUGAAAGUUGGUGGAAAUCUCGCCAAAGUUGCACCAGCCUUUCAUGCGGAAUUUUGAGCCGGACUUCUAUUUGCAAGUCUUAACAAUAAAACGUCGUCAGUCUACCUGUACAAUCCACGAAGUAGCCCCUACUCUAGAAGUAUUUGACCCACUUCGUAAAAAAACUUUUCGUUGAUGUCUAUUUUCUUAGGGCGUCCGAUUUUAACUCAAGCUGUGUUUAGAAAUGCUGUAAAUAUAAACUACAUGCAAGUGAUUAUCGUCCUUAUCUGUCUGUACCUUCAACAGAUUUUAAUUCCUUUAGCUAGCUGUAAAUGAACUGGAAUUUGGUGAUUUUACAAUUAUGUCUCAUUUCAGGUUUUCGCAGUUGAGGCUUUUUUAAAAAUCGUGCUAUUUCAGCCUCUCUUGAUAGGAUAGGUAAGAACUAUUCCCAUUUCACCUUUUAAUUCAAUGUCGGUGUAAAAUCCGAAAGCGUGAUAACGUGACUGUAUGUUUACACUUUAUACGUAUUUCACAUUCAUAUGAAAGCAUGAUUGUAACAUAACUUUGCAAUGAUGUUUCAUUGUAUCUUAAUUAUGUUUCAGCCUUUAAAUUUAGUUUAGGCAGGGCUAGAUAAACUUUUAGUAACAGUGGUGAUUACAGCUAAUACAUAAAACAAGAUGUUCUUAAAAGUUGAUGACAUUUUAGUAUUAUUAUUAUCUUAAAAUAGGAUCAUGUCGACUACUGGUUGGACGAAUCGAAGAAUAAUCGCGGCUACCAUAUUUGAGACUUGAAACUGAAACAUUGAAAGAGAAAAAUGGCAAAAAUUUGAGGAUUUGGCUGCUAUAUUAAAAAUAAAAAAAAUUCUGUAAAAGUCGUCAAUAAUACUGCUAUCAUAGUUUUAAAUCAAAUAAAUUUCUUAUUUUACUGAUUUUUAAGAAUGUGACUUUCGUCAUAAAAUAUUAAGCCAUAUGUAGAAAAAGUAUGUUUUUUACAAUCAUUUGUGAUCAGAGUUACUGCAUUUUAUUAAAGCAAAGAAUAUGUCCUCUUUUCCGGCUGAAAUAAUAAUUCCUUAUGCACAUUAAGAAGCCAUGUUUUUUCAGUUUUCUUUGUUUUGCUCACAAUUUAUUCCGCAAUAACUUAAAAUGCGCGAAUUGUCCCCCCUCCUCGAACGUCUUUGCAUCAGCUAUAAUGAAAGGUUAAAAAUAGGAAGAGAUAUGAAUUUUGAUUUUCUCAUCCAGAACAACUGCACAAAUGGAAACAGGCUGAAAUAGCAUGAUUUUUGUUGCCACCUCCGGAAAACCCAUGGUUUUUUUUUUUUUUUUUUGUUCAAAUUGCAAGAAAAAUACAACAAUGACAUUUAAUUUGUAGCUUUGUUCAUUAAAACAAAAGAUGGCUUAUCGAGGUUGCAUCAAACGAAAGCGCAGAUGUUCUGAGUGUGUUGUGACAUUACGCUUAUCCAUAACUGGUACUAAAUUGCAUUGCUUGGCGAUAGUUUCACUGUCAACGGGUAAUACGUAAGUACGGAGUUAUUUCCUCCAUAUAUUACCUAUUUUAAGUCUCAUAAAAUGAGAAAUGUUCUUCCUUUAUAUAAUUGUAAAAAGGAUAACUGUGUGUUGUAAUUUAAUGUGGAUAAAAUUUUAAUAGCUUGUGUGUUAUAUAUUGAUUUUGGAAAAAAAACAAAUUCUAGUGGUAUUAUGAGUGUGUUUUGUACCAGCUGAAAUAGAUGUCUUCUUUAAUUUUAUUUUGUUUUUGAAGCAAAAUUUUUUGUGGGAUCAAAUGAAAAUAUUUGCUUUUGUAGAUUUUUUUUAAGCAAGGUAUUUUACUGCAUAAAUUUUGUGUCUUUAUUAUAUUUCUUUUUUUGUACUUAAAUUGUGGUGAUAUUUAUUCAUAUGAUUUGCAUUUUGGAUUUCAUUAAAAUCAUUAGGAAACGUAGUAUUUUAAUGCUUUUUUAAGAUUUAGAACUAUUGAGGUAGUUUAUUUUGUACAAAUAAUUUUAAUUUUUAAGUACAUUUCAUUCCUUAGUUUUAUUAUUCCUCUUAUUAUUAAGGAAAAUAAAUUCAAACUUAAUGCAUAAUUGUAAGCUAAUCUUACAUUUUAAUUUUGGAGUGAAAUAAGUGGCAGUCAAAUGAGUUUUAUUUUAUUCAAUUUUUCUGCCAUCUGUUGGUAGCCAUUGGCAGAAUCUUCUUAACGCAUGGGUCCGCUAGACAUUUGCCUGGGGCUCUAAUGCGGUAAGACUGCAUUUGCCACUGGGUACCCACAGAGUUCAAUUGGAAUUUCUAGAUCAGUGAUUCCCAACAUUUUUCUUGCAUCCACCCCUCUUAAAGGAAUGGCUUUUUAUAUCAACCACUUCACAUUUCUCUCUGUUGAUAUACAGUAUACAAUAUAAUCAUAAUGCAAAUAACUAUACAUAAAUAAUUGAAGAUAAGAAUUAGAUUAAGAAUAUGAAUAAAAGUUUUGUAAAAAUGG